CAGCGGCCCAUCUUGCCCUUGUAUUUCCUCGUCGUUUAGCUGCACGGAACACUCGGUAAAAUUCGGCAGUUGCUGCUUGGUCAACGCAGAUAAGCAUUAUGAUCCAGGGAGUGCUGGAGUAGAACAUCUUACAGCACGCUCUGUUAGAUUUUCAUCUGAAAGGCAAGUCUGAGGGCUGCAAAGUGCUGAAGAUACAAGUUACAGAUGAAAUGAGAAAAUUCCUUGAUGUAAGGCCUAAAGAAGAAACGAUUUGGACAGCAUUAAUAUUUUAUGGAGCGGUUUAAUUUUCACUCUAGAUGUCACCAAAUAUCUGGGCUUAACCAGCUGCCAUUUGAUCCGGCAGACGACAAUGAGCCAGUACAUUUUAAUGAUUCAAAUGGCCCACUGUUAACAGAAUGUUCCAUUGAUCACUAUGAUGAACCAGGAAAGAAAAGGAAACGGAACAGUAUAGUUGCAGAGUGUUACAAAAACCUGGCCUUAGACUCCAGCCCUCAAAGGAUGUCAUUAUCAAACCCUACAGCUUGGGCAACGGCCAUGAACAACUUGGGAAUGGGACCAAUGGGAAUGACUGGACAGCCACUUAUGUCAGAGUUUGACCGAGGUCUUAGCAUGAUGACUGGCAUUCCACCUAUGAAUACAAUGAUGCCUGGAUUAGGCAUUGUCCCUCCUUCAAUUCCUCAAGACAUGUUUGUUGUGAAGGAGAUCAUCCAUUGCAAAAGCUGUACACUUUUUCCUCCAAAUCCAAAUCUUCCUCCUCCGGCUGUGCGCGAAAGGCCUCCGGGAUGCAAAACUGUUUUUGUUGGUGGCUUACCAGAGAAUGCUUCAGAAGAGAUGAUCGCUGAAGUUUUUGCACAGUGUGGUGAAAUAAUAGCCAUUCGUAAAAGCAAGAAAAACUUUUGCCACAUUCGGUUUUCAGAUGAAAGUAUGGUAGACAAAGCUCUUUUUUUGUCAGGCUACCGAAUAAGAAUAGGUUCCAGUACUGAUAAGAAGGACACAGGCCGUCUUCACGUUGACUUUGCUCAAGCCAGGGAUGACCUGUAUGAGUGGGAAUGUAAACAACGCAUGAUGGCAAGAGAGGAACGCCAUCGAAGAAGACUAGAAGAAGAACGGUUCCGACUCCCUUCGCCUCCACCCAUAGUGCAUUAUUCCGAACAUGAAAGUACUACACUAGCAGAAAAAUUUAGAGAUGAUUCAAAAUUCUCUGAAGCUGUUCAGACACUUUAUACCUGGUUGGAACGAGGUGAAGUGAACCGUCGAUCAGCAAACGUCUUUUAUUCAAUGAUCCAAUCAGCUAACAGCCAUAUUCGAAGGCUGAUGAGUGAAAAGGUUCAACAUGAAAAAGAAAUGGAGGAAGCCAAAGAGAAAUUUAAGAGUGCUCUCUCAGGGAUUCUAGUUCAGCUUGAGCAGAUUGUCUCCGUUUUCCACUCUGCCUCCAAGCAAAAGGCGUGGGACCAUUUCUCAAAAGCUCAACGCAAGAAUCUGCAUAUGUGGCGAAAACAAGCAGAGCACUGUUCCAGUCAUCCCUCCCACCUCUGCAGAAAAUUGGAAAUUCGUAACAUCCAUAAUGAUGAGCUUAUGAGUAUUCGUCGUGAAGAAGAAAUGGAGAUGUCUGACGACGAUACGGAAGAAAUGCAAGCAAACAAAAUUACUGAUGAAUCAGUGCUAGCAUGUCAGGCUGAAGUACUUAGAGAAGAGAAUGACAGCCUACGUUGCCAGCUUGAUGCCUACAGAAAUGAGGUGGAUUUACUAAAACUUGAGCAGGGUAAGCUCUAUCAUACUGAAGAAGAAACCACAAAGGACCAACAAUUAAAGCUACUGCAACAGACAGUGCAAGGGAUGCAGCAGCAACUUUUGAAUUUACGGGAAGAAUGUAAAAAGAAAGAAGCUGAAUUCCAAAAGGCACAGAAAGAGAAACAAAAUGCAGAAAUGUUAUUAGAAACAUUUAAAAACAAGCAGGAGAGUGCAGAUGGAGAUGAUAUGCAUGAAAGCGAUAAUGAAGGAAAUAAUAGCACAAGAUGUAUAAUAUUGGGCUCCAAUCAAGAAAAAGAUGGUGAGCUGGACAGGGUCAUCACAGGGCCUGUCCGAUCAGAGAGAGAAGCGCUGCUUGUGGGUAUUAUUUCUACAUUUCUCCAUGUCCACCCUUUUGGUGCCAGUAUAGACUAUAUAUGUUCUUAUCUACAGCGACUGGAUGCUAAGAUCUCUCCUGGUGAAAUAGAAGGCCUGAUGACACGACUACAUCAUGUGUUCCAGCAGGAAAUAAGUGGAGUUGGUGCAAGUUUGGAAAAGCGAUGGAAGUUUAGUGGUUUUGAUGGAAUCAAGACACUGCAAAACUAGUAACGAAGUGAACAUUCACAAUAUUACAGGACUACUGUGCAUACUCUAAUGCUGUUUCUCCCUUAAACAGUUACCAGAUUCUUUUUUUAAAGAGUUGAUUUCUGUGAUAUUUUUUAAAAUACGAGAAAUCCUCAGGCUUGUGCAAUUUGAGCUGCACUUGGAAAACAGGCUUUAUAACAGAACUUUAUUCAUCAUCCCUAAAUACUGGGCAUUUGAUACUUGCACAACACAGUUUUGUUAGAAAAUGGGAGAUUUCAAGGCUAAAAUGUAGCAUAAGUCAAGUUAUAGUCAUGGGACAUAAAAUAGAAAAGCCACAACUUAAGCCAUGAAGAAAAUGCUGGCAUUCUUUUCCUAGGCUUGUGUACCCUCCCCCAUUAGUUAGAUUUUUGUGCCUCGCCUCUCUGUCUCAAUAUUAGAAUAGAUAGCCAGUUGUUUUUAAUUUUUGUAAAGUAAAAAAAAUGUUUUCCAUCAAAUUGCUAACAUAUUUGCAGCUUGUAUUGGUCCAAUUGCUCCUAUCUUGAAAUACUGGUAGGAGUCAAAAAUAAAAACAGAUAUUGUGUCCAUCCAUCAAUCACCCCACUAUUACAAGCCAGAAGUUUUUGCUAAGAAGCUACUGGUUUAUUUAUUUUGUGCCAUGGCUCAAUUCCAGUGUGUUAAAAAUCUGCAGACUUCUUCACAAUUCCCACCUUUUCAUCACAUUUCUGCCAAUGAUUUUCAUGGACACUGGCAAUUCCCUGGUAUCUGCACUUCAUUGGAAAUUCUUCAUCUGAAAUUGUACUAACUAGACUAUUUGAAUGUAUGAUGGUGUCACCAUUAUAUUUAAUUUUUGGCUUUAUAUUACAUCCACAAAACUGCACAAUCAUAUUGGGAUUGUUGCAAGUGUGGACUUGGCAAAUACUUAUGCUUUUUUGUCUGGAUACCGGGGAGCGGAAAGCAGCUAUUGUUGGCCCAGCUGAGAUCAGCUAAUUCAGUGCAGAUUACUAAACUUGGAGCACGCUUGCUGUGUUCAGUUGCGUAUCAGAGAGCAUUAUUUAAACUUCUAUAAAUCCAUCUACAGCUGCAUAGCAACUUCAGAUAAACUUACUGAAGCAACAGAGUGAACAACAAUUUCACAUUGCUUUUCCAUUGAGGUAGGUUAGUUUCAGACAGAUUAAAAUUUUCUAACAUGAUAGCGUAAGAAGAUUUUCUGCUUUGAUCCUCUAUGAUAGUAAGAGGGCACAAGUUUGCACUUAUCUGUAACUGAGUGCAGUCCAUCGUAUGUGAAUGUAUCUAUAAAAUUAGUGAAUGCCUUUUGCCCUCACAUCAGUUGUUGAUAUUGAUCUACUGUGAGGGAAGGUGUUUUCAAUGGACUGAGCUAAAUGGAAUAAAAUAUAGUUACUACCCUGCUCCUUUACAUGGAGGGGUUUAAAAACAGAUUAAUGUUUGCUAACCAUACAUUAUAGAUAAUAUGAAACAUAACGUGAAAAGAAUGCGCUGUUCUCCAUGCUUGUGUUAAAAGUGCAGCAGUAUAUGCUGGAACAUACAUUUGAAAAGUGAAAUAUGACUUUCGUGGAUGUAAAUUCAGAUCUGAAGUACUGUAUCUUACAGAAAGCAUAAUAUAUAGUGAAAGAAGUUGUUUACAUUACAAAUCUGUGACAAAAAAUACCUAUUAUAAUUUCUUUGUAUAUCUGGAAUUGAUUUAACAGUACAUUUUGGACAUUAUCUCUAGUUUAUACAAGCUAAGCUGCACUGUGUUGAUAAAAGUUGUAUUUUUAGAGAAAUUAAUUUUUACAGGGCUUUAAUACUUGAGUAUACUUGGUCUCUGUGUUUCUAGAAGUGAAAAAAUAUGGGCAGCAAACUAUGAUAAUUAUAGAAAUUAUAAUGAGAAUUCAUUCUGAUAUAUAUAUAUAUCCAUCCCAAUGCUAUCAGAGUAUGGAUUCAAACAAACCUGAUAAUGCUCAGUACUUUGUUAGUUUUCCAAAUGUCUUUUGCCUUUUUAAUUUAGUACAAAGUGGGCACUGUAUUGAACCAUUUACUACCAAGUGUUAGUUUGUAUGGCAUAUUAUCUUCCAGGUAAUGGUGAAUUGCCAAAAUUAUUUCAUGUGCAAUAGCUCAUAAUGCUCCAUAAUAUCUGUAAUUGAACUUAAUCCAGUGAGAUUUUCUAUUUAUUUUAAAAAUUAUUUUAAAACAGCCCAAACCUUUGCAAACUACUGGAGUGGGUAUUAUUUGUGUAUUACCCAGAUCUGCAUACUGAAAAUGGAAUACCUUAACAAAGUUUAAGUUGACAGAUAAAUGUUUCUUCAUAAUUAAAAAGAAUAAGAUCUGAUGCUUAAUUAUAAAUGUUAAAAAUAAUUCCAAAUUCAAUGCUGAUAUGUGUUACGUCAAUUGAUCGCUGCUCCUGUCAUGGACGAGUGAACCCUGCUUUGACGACUGUGGGCUUGAGGGGAUAAAAUCAGCCCACUCCUAAUUGCUGCCAAGUUACUUCUGCUAUUUGCUGGGGAUUAUGCAGAAUUCAAUGAAAACUACAGUGCAGAAAAAGGCUUUUCUUUCCAGUGAUGUUUACAUUUCAGAAUAGACCUUUCCCAUUUCUAUUACCACCAUACCGCAUUUUUCUCUUCUCCCUGAGGCAUACAUGAUUCUCCUUAAAGGUCAACCAUUUAUAUAUGCAGGUACUAGCCUUCAAAUACAUCCUAAUAUUUGCUCUAAUUUUUUCACCAAUAUUUAUUUCUCAAUCAACACGAUACACGUGUCACACAUUUUAUCACCUAUUUUGCCCUUGCCAUAAACAUAUUAACUACUAGAUUGCAUUUGUUUAGCAAUGAUUAUACUUCAAAAGUCCUUCAUUGCAGGAAUGUGUUUUAGGAUGUCUUGAGGGCACAGUGGUACUAUGUGAUUCUACUUGUUUGGAUCAAACCCAGCUGGCUUUUGAUAUAUUUUGAAAAUAAUUGAAACAGUCAAAUCUAACAUAAAUUCAUUGACUAGUGUCUUUUGAAGAAUUCCUGGUUUGAUAAAACACCAGAGAGCAGCCAGUGGAAUCAAAUCUUGGCAGGACACAUCGUCUUCAAAAAAAAAGAUACAAUUGGAAAGAAUAUUUUAUUAAUAACUACUAAACUCAAUAACAUCCUAUUUUCCUAUUGAUGUCCAUUUUGUUCAUUGCUGUGAGUCAAAUUUAUAAAAUUGUCCUGUUUCCUAUGAGCUUUGCAUUUAUCUAAGUUUACAGAAAAAUGCUGAAUUAUACAUAAGCAGUUUUCUAAAAGGCAAAUUUACAGAUUCUUCAUGAUUGUGUCAGAAUGGUUAUUUGCUGGAGAGUUCAAAAUGUAUUUUAAGGACAGCUCACUAAGGUAAAAUGAAUAAAAUUAUCACUAAUGCCCAAGGACUGAAAACCAUCCUGACUAAGUGGGAUACUUUGGUUAUCUUGUAUCCUUUCUUUCUAGGAGAUUCUGCAAUGAAAUUUCAAGUGAGGAGAAUGUCUUUUUCCCCUAUAUGUUCUAUCAUUUUGCAAUUUGUCUUGGCAAUGAGCAAGUUGUAUUUAAUCCUGUUUUCUGAUCUAUUAGAAGAGUUUUGAAGUUUUAUAUAAAGAAAGCUUGAAAUAGCUGACAUUUGUUUUGCAUUUGAUUAAAAGAUAAAUUCAUCACUAUGUUUUCUACUUCAGAAAUCCUGUCAUAAUAGGGUCUAUUAAAUACAAGAGAUCCUGCAAGUGUUGAGCAACACACACAAAAUAUUGGAAGAACUCAGAAUAUGGUUUGAGGUGUGUCUAUUUUAAUGCAAGGAGUAUUGUGAACAAAGCAGAUGAGCUUAGAGCAUGGAUCAGUACUUGGAGUUAUGAUGCUGUGGCCAUUACAUAGAUUUGGAUGGUUCAGGAGCAGGAAUGGUUACUUUGAGUGCCAGGCUUU